AUGACAAACAAGGAUAGUCAUCAUACAUGUGGACCAAUUAUGACUAUGACAUCUACAAAUACUCAAAAUUGUUCCAUUUGUUCAAUUACAUUCGCUGAACUUGAUACGCCCGUUAAAUGCGAUGGAUGCAAUUUAGUAUUUCAUACUAAAUGCACCAGUCUAUCGGUGAGUGAAUUAAAAUGUCUGUCUCUAAAGAAUCAACUUAUCAUUAAUGAGAUCGGCGAGCGUAAUAUAAGAGCUUCCAAUCUAAUAUUAUACAACAUUACAGAGUCCAACUCAGAUAACACCACGGACAGAAUUACCCACGACUCUAAUGUUGUAAGUAAUCUUAUCGAUUCAAUUAUUACUAGUGGUGAUAAAAAUAUUAGACCGAUAAAGUUAUUACGUUUGGGUAUUCGAGGUCAUGAUAAACCUCGUCCAAUUAAAGCUAUAUUAAGCUUACCAGCUGAUGUAUUCGAAAUAUUAAAAUCAAAGAAAAAAUUACUAUCACUUAAUCCGCCUUCCAAUAUUGGUAUCAGCUCAGACCGUACAUUAAAUCAAAAAAACUACAUGAAAAAACUUCGUGAAGAGCUGGAGUCUCGUAGAUCAAGUGAAGGGGGAGCAGAAACGAAUUAA